CGCGCCGUGAGGCAGUGGCCGGGGAAGGCACCGGUGGGGCCCGACGGGCGGGUUGAAGGAGGGAAGCGGGCGAGUGAAGUCCCAGUGCGCGCCGCGGCGGCCCGGGUAUCCUCCCCUUCCGGGCGUGAGGCGCUGUGAGAAGAGCCGAGCCCAGCGGACUAGCGUCGGCAACGAGGCGCCGCCACUGCCGCCCCAGCCCGGCCUCCCUCGGCUUCGGCGCUCCGUCCGCGGGGCCCGGGUUCCUCAGCACACCCAGCUCCAGCCGCCCCCAGAGCCUGUCCCCAGCUCUCCGAACGCCCCGGCGGCAGCCUGGGCCCUUGGCGGGGAGGAUGACGGAGCUGCAGUCGGCGCUGCUACUGCGAAGACAGCUGGCAGAACUCAACAAAAAUCCAGUGGAAGGCUUUUCAGCAGGUUUAAUAGAUGACAAUGAUCUCUACCGAUGGGAAGUCCUUAUUAUUGGUCCUCCAGACACACUAUAUGAAGGUGGUGUUUUUAAGGCUCACCUCACUUUUCCAAAGGAUUAUCCCCUCCGGCCUCCUAAAAUGAAAUUCAUUACAGAAAUCUGGCACCCAAAUGUUGAUAAAAAUGGUGAUGUUUGCAUUUCUAUUCUUCAUGAGCCUGGGGAAGAUAAAUAUGGUUAUGAAAAGCCAGAGGAACGCUGGCUGCCUAUCCAUACUGUGGAAACCAUCAUGAUAAGUGUCAUUUCUAUGCUGGCAGACCCUAAUGGAGACUCACCUGCUAAUGUUGAUGCCGCGAAAGAAUGGAGGGAAGACAGAAAUGGAGAAUUUAAAAGGAAAGUUGCCCGCUGUGUAAGAAAAAGCCAAGAGACUGCUUUCGAGUGACAUUUAUUCAGCAGCUAGUAACUUCAUUUACUUCAGGGGUCUCCAAUUGAGAAACAUGGCACUGUUUUUCCUGCACUCUACCCACCUAUUGCUGGACUUCUGUUGUAACAAGUUGGCAAACACUGGCUGGAACUGGGCGCAAUAAAACAUGCCAGUUAUCAGUGCUGACAAGAGCCUAACAAGUGCCAACUUACAGAUGAUUACGCAUUUUGAAUUCUAAUGAACUGUUUUAACCUUCAGGAAGAAUUGUAAAGACCUGUACAUAGCACAACAUGAUCCGGAUAAUAUAUAUGCUGUUCAUGUACAUCCACAAAUACACCUUGUACCAAAUAAUGCUUUCUUGUAGUAGAAUAAGAAUCGUGUAAAUUCUAAAAGAUUUUAGCAGGUUUUCUUUCCCUAUUCAUUGUUUCUUAUCAGUUUUAAAAGACUCCUUAAAGCAUGUCAGAUGAAAAGCAAUUAGGAUUAAAAGUUUCCAUAUAAUUUCCUUUAAACCAUUGAGGCUUCAUUAAACUCUUUUCACUUACUAAACUUUUGUAUAUUUUUGUUUUGGCACACUCCCCUUUGCUUUCAUCUCAUCUGUCUCAAUCAUUUAGUUCUAAUACUGAAAUACUUAAUAAGCAAUUACUUGAUUUCUAAUGAUGACUUCAGAGGAGUGGUCAUCUCCAGGUGCUUUGUCCUUUUUGUAUUCUGGUUGCACCCAUCUCUUGGAUUGGAUGUAGCAAUAAUCUCUUCUGGCUGUUGAGAGCUCUUGAACCCAGUCAUUACCCCCAGAAAACUUAAAGAAAAAAAAAGAAAAAAGAAAAAAAAGCUGGUUCUGAAUCCAACGUCCUGCAGUUUACCCCAAAGAGCGCAAGAUUUCAAUUUGGUUUUAUUUGCCCUUCAGUUGCCUAAUGUUAAGGUUGGAUAAAUAAAGCAUGCACAUCUUCCAGCUUUCUACUUCACUUCUGGGUCUGCUACCCUCCUCCUGUUCUCUGCCCUUCACAUUUCUUUGCCUAUAUUCUUCUAUUCUGCAGAUUGCCCUCACCUAUUGUACAAAGAAAUUGCGGUGUAUAUUUUCAUGUAAUUUGAUUUUGGAAUUCUGUCACCUUCUGUAGUGAGUUCUUCCAAAAUAUAAUUUUUUCCAAUAAUUGUCAAGUUGUUGGCUUUUAUUGUAUUGAAUGAAGGUUAUAAUACUGAAUGCCAGAGAAGUGCAGUUUUGAAAAAUCUCAGGUUGAUUCUUUAUGCAAACGAACUUUAGUACUUGAAUAUCACAUGGCCAUGAAAGUACGCGUGUUGGGUUCUAACUAGUCUGUCACCUGAGUCUUAAAAGUAUCACAUGGGCAAAUGCUUUGCUAUCUGAUGUAUAGAUUCUGUCAUUGACAAGUCUCUUAGAUUUGAGUGAUGUUUGAGCAUAAGUAUGCUUCAUACCAUGCAGUUUUCUAAAACAACUUCAAAUGUUAAAAUGAGUGUGUGUGACGUUAAAGACAGGCCUGUCUAGGUUGUGAGGUUGGGAACAGGAGGUAUUCUGUGGUGUGCGUGGGCUAGACCUCAGGAUAGGACCGCUGGAGCACAGUGUGUGUGAGAGAGAAUUGGUGCACUUCUGCUCUCUGGAAUUUGGAAGAAUGUUUUGGCAGAAGAGUAACAGGAUCCCUGCCAACAACCUAGACCUCUGCAAACUUUGUGCUUUUUUAAAGCAAAAAUAAAAUGGUUGAGCAUGUAGUCAGAAUAGUUAUUUUUUCUAAAUCCCAGUCUGUUUUUGAUUCUGAAGCAUUGUAAAAAUCUCAUACACAUCAUAAAACUCUUAUGUGUGUAGAGUGAUUAUUGUUUGACUUGAUUCAUUGCAGCUUAAUUAUUAAGAACUUUGUGACUUUUUUCCUCAAAAAUCUCUGUAAAAAUUGUUGCCCCAGCAUGCCAGCACUGCAUACCUACAAGCCCUGUACCUCUUAAAUCAGAAAUUGUCCACAUGGUGGUUGCUUGUGGCUAAGUGGAGUUGGAAUUUUGCUCUUGUAUUGUUGUAAUUCUGCUAAGAAGUCUGUUUUUGAAACCUGGGAUUUGACCCUUUAGCAAGUAGCAAAAGACCUAGUAACUCAGGGACAACUACUUUUGAACUUUAAGUGCCACUUUAAUGCAGUGACUCUGGUAUUGCCAUGUGGUUCUUUAGAGCUUACUUGGGGGAGUGGAAGGGAGGCCCAGGGAAGGGUAUCUGUCUUCUCUUCUCAUGCUCUUUUCUGCCUGGGGUCCUGAUCCUAGAUUGGUGUUAUGACUUCCUUUCUCCUGUCAGAGAUGUCAUCUGUGCCUUUCCCAGUGUUCACCAGACAAUGUGAAUUCCAACACCCCCUUGUUUGAUACUGAACCCACACUCAGGUGACACUGACCCAGGUGGCUUUUGUCUCACCUCGUCUUAUCAUUAGUGUGAGGCGGUUCUUCUCUGCUUUAGGAAAAGAAUUUCUUCCCCUAACUUUGUGCCAAGUGUCAACAGCAUCCACGUAGUCUUUUGGGUUGUGGAACUGUUGGUUGAUGCCUAAAUUUAUUCCAAAUUCUUGUAGAUGCUGAUAGAUUGCAGUUUGUGCUCAUAGUAGGUUUUAUGAUCUCAGUGUUUUCUGGCCUUGUCUUUGGAGCUAAAAUCUACAUAAGGUUGAUCUCCUUGCCAUUAUAAGUUAAUCAUGUUUGUGAAGGUAUCUAAUGGCCUUCAUUUCUGGUUGUGAAAUUAUUUUAUAUGCUCACUCACCCUGUACAAAUCAUCCCACUUUGGGCCAUGGUGCCUGCGUAUUUUUGCCCCAUCUGGUCUCCAAUUGGUGGAAUUCCCUUUUUUGUACUGAUACCUCUCAGCAUCUUUGAAACUCGACAUAAUGUUGCUUCAUUCCAGUUUUUUUUUCUUAGUUCUGUAAUUUGUUGACUGUAUUUAACUGUGUGAGUUCUGUUGUGAUGUUUACAGUAUUGUAAAGCACCUCAAUCAUGUGAUAGGUGCUCUAUAAAUCAAUAAAUGAUGACUUAGA